AUGAUUUCAUUACUGAUCUUGGGCACUACGAUGCUGGAACAAGGGACCUUUGAUCUGCCUGAGGGAUGGUGGUCGGACCCCGUUCGAUUCCAACUUGAGCGGCGAGCAAUUUUCAGCCAGACGUGGAUCUGUGUCAGCCACCGCGGCCGUUUUCGCUCCCCCGGCGACUAUGUGGUCUACGAUGUUGCUGGUUUUCGCAUUCUCAUGAUCUUGGGCAAGGAUAUGGUAGUGCGGUCGUUCCACAAUGUUUGCAGGCAUAGAGCCUUCCCCGUCGCGAGGAAGCAAUCUGGCAGUGCCACCGUGCUAGGCUGUCGAUAUCACGGGUGGAGCUAUAACACGGAGGGGAAACUCACCAAGGCUCCUUAUUUCGAUGAACUACCCGGCUUUGAUAGGAGCUUGAAUAGUCUCUUCGAGAUCCACACGAAACAAGACGACAAAUGCUUCCUUCAUGUCAAUGUGAGCCGUCACGAAGGCGUGUCUGCUACUGCCACUCCAAGGGGGGUCGAAUCCGGGAGGCUUGGCGAUGUCAGCCCCGACGCAGAGCUGCUAGACAGUAUCGAGUUCAGUGGGAAGUUCAACUGGAAGGUCGUCCUCAACCAGCCAUACGCUAUAUCACCUCCAGCCAAGUCCACUUUCACGGCGAUAACUAGUUCAACUGGAGAGCUCCAAUUCUUCCCUCUGACUACGGUACACUUAGUGCCUGGCCAGCCCUUUUGGUAUCAACUAACUUAUUCUCCCGUCACCGUUGACCAAACAAAUCUACGUUGCGACAUUUAUACCAAUAGUCCUAAGGCGUCUUUCAAAUUUGAUGGAACGACUAAAUGCUUUCUUGAGAAAGAGAUAAAGCAAAAACUGCUAGCUUUCGAGAACCAAUACAAGCAGCUUAUCACUUCAGCAGAAGAGGCAAUUGGCAACGGUUACCAAGCAAAGAUUGCUGCAGCGGUCGAAAUGCAUCGACGCCAGGAGGCGUUGCGAGGAUUUGAAAUCAAGCCCGCUGCGCUGAAGCAGCAAAAUGGCGACGAUAAGCUCUCCAAGGCUGAACGAAUCGAGAAGGAGACCCAUGCACUUCACAAGGCUGAUGUUGUUACUGGUCCCAAAUCACGGUAUCUUAUUCCGUUUGCCGGGUACCGUCGUAGUUUCCGGCUCGCUAGCCCCUUUGGACCCCGCCCUUCCGUGCUUAUCAACUAUGCCGAUCCACUUCCCCUCCUUGAUACGGACCGUCAACCGCCGGUGCAAACCUGCCCAAAGCUUGAGAACGGAAUAGUACGAUCAAGUAGACUAAACGCUCUUGACUUGAACGCUACCAUGCCCCGACGUGGCGGCGGGAGGCAGACGAGAUUGUGCGGGCGCCGUUCCCGAGGUGGUUGCUCCUCAUGCAAGCAGCGACAUGUCAAAUGUGAUGAGAGCAGGCCAACGUGUACGAACUGCGCAAAGAAGGGCUUGUUAUGUGACGGCUACCCUCAGCGAACGUUGAGGUGGUCAUACAAGCACGAGAUAACGGCGAAUGAGACAUCACAGCAACAGAACAAGUCACUAGAGCCUCUCAACGAUAACCCAACCAUCAUUGCGCCAAAUCCCCCAACGACUGAUGACCAUACUCGCGAGGAGGAUGGGGAGGCUCGUGUGGUGGCGGAUGAUGAAAUGGCUCUUUGGCCACAGUCAGAGGAUAUCGGCUUAUCGGAUCUUUUAGGCUUCGAUUCGACGAACAUGUUUGAUCAUGAGUUCUCUGGGAGUCUUGAAUCGAUUGCUAUCGAGACCCCGACCUUUGACUUUUUGACUUUCGACCAGGUACCUGACUUCUGCUUUGAUACCUCACCUCAAGGGCACACCUGGUUAGAUCCAGGUCUAUCUAACCGAUUACAACUAUCGGGGAUAGACGCAGACCCAGCUACGCGGCUUCUGAAAUGUUGGUUCGACGAAAUAUGCCCUGCAUGGUCCGGCUUCGACUCCAAGUCAAACAUGAAUAGAAGGAUGGCCGAGGAUCUUUGGCAAAGCUCACCUCCGGUCUUCACUGCUCUACAAAGCAUGUCAGCUAGUUUCCUCUCGGCAAGACUACCGCAGAUGAGGCAAUCUGCUAUGAAUCUUCUCAAAACAGCAACACUGAGUGUCCAGGCAGAGAUACAGGAGCUCAAUGAGAAGGAUGUCGUCGAUGAAAUACCUAUCGGUAUCCUGUUCGCAUUAAUCUGUCUUGGUACAACAAUUUGCUGGCUGGAUACUCGUAGAGUCGGUUGGCCGUUUCUGCAAGAAGCAAAGAAACUAUUUCGAUGGACCUCACAGCAACAGUUUGCAGCUGAUGCAGACAGGAUAGAUUUCUUCAACAAAAGUCUCGUCUACUGGGAUAUGUUAAUAUCUCUUAUAUAUGACCCAGAACCAGGUACCGAUAUACAUCAAGUCAGCGAACUGCCAUCCAGCUUUCCGAGAUCUCAUCUCCUUGCUACUUACAGCCAACCUUCCUACGAGACGGAGCCUCACCCGCGGACUGGCGUCUCACUUCUCAGCACAACCCUUUUCACGCGGUCAAUUCGCCUUUGUCGGGUCUAUCGACGUCGCACAACUGAGCGAGCACUGGACUCGCCUCCAACAACACCAGAGAUCGAGCAAGCCAAAGAAUUAGAGGUCGAGUUGCUGCAGUUGCAGCUUUCGCCUAGACCAUCGAUCAACAAUACCGAUGACCCGCGCACACCAGCUACUCACCUUCUACACGUGGCCGAAGCUUAUCAACUUGCUUCCUUGCUCCAGAUCUACAUACAGUUUCCGGCGUUACUAAAGCCACCAUCCCAAUUAAAUCCACGAGACUUCAAUGAGGCUGAAAUAACAAUGUUAUGGCACAAGCGCAUCAUACCCCUCACUCUUCGGCUCAUAGAAGUGCUAGAGCAAAUCCCCUCCGAGUCCCGUAGCUGCGCUAUCCAGCCACUUUUGUAUAUGUGCGCCGCCACUGGACUUCGACACACACCAGCUUGUUCGCCUGGUACAGAGCCCAGCAGCGGUAGCCCAGCCAAGCCAAGGCCAAUGGAGAGCAUCCUUGACUAUCUAGACCUUCUCAAAGACCCAGUCGAACAUUCCAAGGAGGAUAUCGAUCCUUUGUCUAUCUCACAGACUACGAUUGACGUCAGUAAAGGACGAACUUUUAUCUUACGGCGCCUGAGUGUCUUCAAAGAAUGUUUGCACCCUGGUCCAAUUGCAGUCGCCGAAGAGUUUGUGAAAGAACUGUGGGACGCUUAUGAUGAAGCGCCCCGGUGGAGCAUGGAUGUCUGCUGGAUUAGUCUUAUGGAUAAGAAGGACCUUCGAACGCUAUUUGGAUAG